ACACUCAACAAGCACGUAAAAAGUAAAAAUCACCCACCUAGCUUUUCUGGCUGGUUUAAACUGUACACCUAUAUAUAGUUAGCUAACAAGUCUAUAUAGCUAUGGCCGAGAGAAAAGACAAUGAACAAGAAUACUUAUUCAGAAAUGUUCAACUCUUCAAGAAUGCUACCCUUGGUACUGGCUCCUAUGGGGCAGUGUGUAAAGCCAAGUGUGACCAGCUACUCUGUGCUGCUAAGCUACUCUAUCCAGUGCUCUUCCAAAUGACUGUUCCAGAUCCUGGCAAAGAACAUAGACACCCGUUUAGAAGAUUCGAAACUGAGUGUGCGUUUCUGAGUCGUGUCAACCACCCCAACAUUGUACAGUACCUGGGGACCUAUCGCGAUCCGGACACAAAUGCACCAGUUCUUCUCAUGGAGCUCAUGGACGAGAGUCUGACACACUUCCUGGAGUCAUCACCUGGAGAUAUUCCCUACCACAUCCAAGUCAACCUCUCCUAUAACAUAGUUCAAGCACUUGCCUUUCUCCACUCCAAUGGGAUCAUCCAUCGCGACCUCUCCAGCAACAAUGUCCUACUCAUUGCAGGCAAUCGAGCCAAAGUCACCGAUUUCGGAAUGUCCAAAUUCAGGGACAUAAACGCCACCCGACUAGCCACAAUGACCACAUGCCCGGGAACACCAGCCUUCAUGUCUCCCGAGGCACUAAAUGAACCACCAGUGUACACAGAGAAACUAGAUACCUUCUCAUUUGGUGUGCUUCUAGUUCAGACUACAACUCGACAAUUUCCAAAGCCAACAGAUUCAUAUGAAAUGAGAGAACUGUUUGAUCCACGAUUUCCGAACCAAGCAAUUCGAGCCAAAGUUCCAGUGCCUGAGAUAGAGAGAAGACAAGCCCACAUCAGCCUGAUUGAGCCCACCCAUCCUCUGCUGCCGAUUGCUCAUCAUUGCCUCAAAGAUAAAGAUGCUGAACGACCAUCUUCCCAGCAGCUUUGCCAAAUACUAGAUGCUCUCAAGAGGACACCACAGUACCAAGAAGGCUCCCAACAAGACCUGGACCAGGUGAUUAGAGAGAAAGAUGAACAAAUUACUGAACAACUACAAGCAAAUCACCACCUUAUAAUAGAAAAUGAAAUGGUGAUGAGAGAAAAGAAUGAGCAAAUUGCACAAAAAGACAUGCAGCUACAAACACAUCAAGAGACAUUAACAAAAAGCUAUAAACAAUUACAUACACAAGCGAAUGAAAUUCAAACCCUCCAAGCAACCCUUCAACAUGAGGCUGAAGCCAGAGAAAAACAGCUGAGGAAACUCAACCAAGAGUUGCAAUCAAGUAAGGAGAAUACUUUUGCCCUCCGACAAGUCAUCGAUCAACGAGACAGAGAAGUAUCUCAACUGAGACAAACGUUGGCAAGUUAA